ACGGUUGUGCAGCUAAUAACAAAAAUAAUCAUAGUAAAUCGAAAAUAUGAUGAACGACAAGCAAAUGCCGCCUCAGCCGCCAUCAUAUGGUUUCACAUCGGCUCCACCACCACAACCCAUGGUAUAUCCUCCUCCGCAAUAUGAAGGAUAUGCACCACCACCACCACAGUACGGUUAUCCUCCGCAACCACCACCAGGACAAGGCUAUCCGCCAGCAGCAGGAUAUCCACCACAAGCCUAUGCACCACCUCAACCACCUCCAAAUUUUCAACAACCACAACCCCAUCCCGAAGCUGUUUUGGUGGUUCCCGCCGGUGGCUGGUAUAGCCGUAAUCAAAAAAAUAAACCACAAUCAAACUCCGCUAGCGUUGCUGCUCUCAUCUUCAUCUCUGGCGGCAUGAACAUUGCCUGGAGCAGCGGUUUUCGUUCAGCUUAUAGUUCAACUCAUAUUCGAAUUGCUUGGUUCAUUGGAGCAAUAAUUGGAGCAGUUAUCAGUGCAUUUCUUGCCAAUAAGGUGCCCAAAAAAAUUGUGGGGCUAUUCAGUGCUGUGUUAGUUACCAUUGCUGGCAUUGUGGUUGCUGCUACAACUUACAAUGAAGAUGCCAUAACGGCGGGUCUUUAUCUCGAUGGCAUUGCGAAUGGAUUGGUAUUUGCUCCCUUUAUCGCCUUGGUGGGUGAAGUUACAGUUUUCUAUAUGCGUGGACUGAACGCUGCCACCGUUGAUCAAUUAUGCUUUAUAACUGGCUAUAUGGUGCAAGUUAUAUAUACUUGUUCUUGGUCUAGUAGUUCCUAUUAUAAUAAUAGCUUCACGCCCGAUAAUAUGAAGGGAGUUCUAAGUGCCGUUUAUGGAAUUCUUGGCAUAAUUUUUGGUGCCCUUCUGUGCAUUGAGUCACCAGUGAUAGAAUUGGCCAAUGGUGAGGAGCAAAAGGCAAUUGAUAUAUUGCGUCGCUUGCAGAGACCCUAUACAGUGACUAAUGAGACCUACGAACAAUUGGCAGAGCACAAACGUUAUUUGGCCCAAAAUAAGGAUCUCACUGUGGGCCAAAGUAUCGUGCGAGCCAUACCAGCAUUUUUGCGUUUAUGCUUCCUACGAGCCUUGAAUGCCAUGUCUCUGGCCUCUUACAUAACAUAUGCAAUGAUAGUCGCCAACAUAGCCAACUUCCACUCCUCAAGUCUAGGAUGGUACGUUGGCUUUGGCCUCUGUCGUUGGUUUGGCAACUUUAUAACCACUUUCUGUAUGGAAUCAGUGGGCCGCAAGAAGCCGAUUCUUAUCGGACUGCUCGUAUGCGGUGGUAUAUCCUUUGGCAUGGCUAGCCAGUUAUCGUGGCCAUUCUCUGGCAUACGCACCAUGAUGCUAGUUUUCCAGUUUUUCGCAGGUGUUGCCUUUACGGCCACCUCACCAUAUCUAACGGAGGGUUAUCCAUUGGGCGUUAAACAGCAUUUUAUUGCAUUUACUUUUAUUGUGGAAAUGCUUGUGUUUCUCAUAAUCGGAGCUUGUACUUGGAGCUUCACUGGAGGCACAAACUAUUUCUACAUUAUCGGUGUACUGUAUCUUAUUGGUUUCAUAGCUGGAAUCUUUUGUCUACCAGAGACAAAGGGAACAACAUUGCGGCAGGCACAGGAUAAAUUCAAAGGGAUCUCUAGCAGGGGCUUUUAGAGGUUAUAUAUAUUGUAAACGUAAAAACAUACAAAGAAAUAAUAAAAACGAAUUUCUAAUUGCGUCAAA